AUGACAGAUCCGAAACCGGCAGUGUUGAUGCCACUGGAUGAUUUGCUGCUGCCAGACGACGUCGGUCAGAAGCUUAGGAUCGUAGGCUUGUGAGUGUCGGUGCCCAUACAAUUGACCGGACCGCAGUCGGAUCGCAUUGUGGGACAUGGGGCCUCAGCCCUCCUGACGCACUUGAAACUGCUAGUCUCAUUGCCUUUGACACGGCCGUCUCGAUCGGAGUCGUCACGUAUGGUGAGACCAGUCUGCUGGUCAACUUCAGCUUGUGCUUGGUUGAAGCAGACAGGCCCCGUCUCAAGUCCCUACUCAUGCUGAUCGGCGAGCUGGAGCCAGCGGAUGCCCACGUGAGUGCGAGCAUGUCGACUGGCGUAAUACUGUGCUACGCUCGCGUGGCUUAUUGCCCCAAGGCUCUUCUCUACACUGUGACUCCAGCCUCAAGGCAGCGUCGAGCUGUAUUCAGCCACGCCUGAAGCCAUUCCUCCCAUUCCCGCUCCAAGCCGCAGCGCUGUGCUCAACGCCAUUGUCAUGAAGAAAGUGGACGACAUGGACAUGCGAGCGUGGGAACAAUCGGCUCGGCUCCAGUCCAAGCAUUUGAUGGAUCGGCAUAAUGCCCGAAUGGUCAGCAAAGGAUGA